UUUCCCUUUGAAUACAUUAUGAAACUAACAAUAAUGUACAGCAUCUCUGUUCUUACAUUGGUUUUAUGUGGAGAGAUGAUAAAGGGAUCCUGUGAUGUUAAACUAGAGGGUUCCCUACUCAAGGAUCUAGUUGAAAUGCUGGUUAAGAAAGAUUCAGAUAAAGGCUGUGCGUUGUUCAAUAAGAAGAACAUUCCUGCCUUUUCAGCUGUCUUAACAGGGACGAAGUCACUUUCAUCAAAUGAGAUAAUAAAAUUCGACAAAGUUUUUACUAACAAACUAAAUGGAUACAACCCAAGCACUGGUAUAUUUACUGUACCUAUUGCAGGAGUUUACCAAUUUUCUUCAGUGGUGAUGAGUGAUAAUGGAAAAUACUUGAUUGCAACUCUUUGGCACAAUAAUACCAGAGUAUCCAGUGUGUAUAUAAAAGGUGGGGCUUAUCAGACUGGGGCCCUCAGUAUGAUAUUGGAUGUACAGAAAGGGGAUCAAGUAGCUGUAAAGGUUUAUAAAAACUACGUUGUUUACAGCGAUUCGCUGAAUUACAGCACAUUUUCGGGUAGUCUUAUUUCUCAAUAA